AUGAAGGGACUAAUUGGCAUCUUGUUAGCAACGGUCCUCGGGACAAGCCAGCCUGUGCGCGGUGCACAAGCACCCGAGGCGACUGGUCUUGCAUUCGCGGUGCCUCCACCUACUUCCAAUGGCGGGCAAGCCUGGAAAGACAGCCACUCCAGGGCUUUAAAACUGCUCGCCGAAAUGACCCUGCAAGAGAAGAUCAGCAUGGUUACUGGACAACGCGGACCAUGUGCAGCGAACUCCGAAUCCAUAGAGCGGCUUGGAAUUCCCCGGAUGUGCUUCCAAGAUGGGCCUGCUGGCGUUCGGCCUGCCCUCGGCCAUACACAGUUCCCGUCAGGCAUAACUACCGCGGCAACUUGGGACGUUGAGCUCAUCUACAACCGAUCUGUUGCAUUAGCACAGGAGUUCUAUGACAUGGGUGUCCAUAUUGCUCUUGGAAUGACUACCGGUGGCCCGUUGGGUCGGUCUCCUUACGGUGGCAGAAACUGGGAAGGCUGGUAUGCCGAUCCUUAUGGUACUGGAGUGGCUAGCUUCUACGGAACGAAAGGGUUCAUCGACGUGGGCAUGCAAUCUUGUGCCAAACAUUACACAGUCUACGAACAGGAAACUUUCAGAAAUCCCUUCAAUUUCACCGAGCCGUACAGUGUCUACAAGGCAUCGGAACAGGUUCCCAUAUCGAGCAAUGUGGACGACAAGACCAACCACGAAGUUUACUUGUGGUCCUUUGCAGAGGCAGUGCGAGCAGGCACCACGCAUGUGAUGUGUGCCUACAAUAGCAUCAACGGGACGCAUGCUUGCGCAAAUUCCGAGUCAAACAAUUUGCAUCUCAAGGGUGAACUGAACUUCCAGGGUGCCCUUAUCAGUGACUGGGGAGGCACUUGGGGAACCGAGGGAUUCGUCAUGGGAGGAUUAGAUCUGAACCUGCCCGGCCUGGGUUAUGGUAAUAUUUUGGGUAACUUCUACGACCAAGAGCUAUACCAGAUGGUGCUGAACGGGACCAUUCCCGAGUCAAGGUUGGACGACAUGGUUGUGCGUGUUCUUGUGCCUCUUUUUGCGAGCGGACAGUACGACAAACCUAUUCCAUCCACCGUCAUCAAUUCCGUCGGCGCAGCCAAUUGGCCAGAGCCUGCGCAGUAUCGAAAUGUGCAGAAAAGGAGCACCGUUGAACUCAUUCGAAAAAUCUCGGCGGACGGGACUAUCCUCCUCAAGAACACUGGUGGCUUGCCAUUGAAAGCGCCCAAAAACAUUGCAAUCAUCGGACAGGAUGCUGGGCCCAAUCUGCUUGGUAUUCAGGGCUGUGGAAAGCUCUUCCGAGACUGUGACAUAUGGAACAACAACGGAACCCUGAGUCUCGGUGGUGGAUCUGGGUAUGCCUGGCCGAAUAACCUCAUCACACCUCUUGAGGCCAUUCAAGCCAAGGCGCUCGAAACGCAGGCGCUUGUCCAAUUUGUGCUGAACAACACGGCCACCAAUGCCAUCGACUUAACCAUCACAGGACGUGCUCUACCCAUGGGCCAGCCCGACGUCUGCCUUGUCUUCGCGGAGCGAUAUGUUCGUGAAAACAUGGACAGGAAUGACCUUAGCCUCAAUAUCGGCGAGUGGACCCACUCCGAAGAUAUCAUUCUCCAGACGGCGGCCAAGUGCAACAACACCAUUGUGGUUCUGCAUAUCCCUGGACCCGUCAUCAUGGAAGCUUGGAUCGACAACCCUAACAUCACAGCUGUGGUUGCACCCCUUCUACCGGGAGAGCAAACAGGCCCGGGACUGGUUGAUGUGCUCUGGGGCCACGUCUCGCCCAGCGCCAAACUGCCCUUCACCAUUGCCAAGGCGGAAAAGGAUUACCCUCCAAAUACCAUUUCGUAUGAUAUAAGCGUUACACCACAGGCGGAUUUCACCGAAAAGCUGAAGAUUGACUAUCGGUGGUUUGACUCGUAUAACAUUACUCCCCGAUUCGAGUUCGGCUUUGGCUUGUCGUAUUCGACGUUCGCCUAUAGCGAGAUUAAGAGCGAUCCCACUGAAGUUCCUGACUCGACGUCCGUGCAGAAAACCAACGAAUCAUUUGUUGGCCAGCAGGAUGGUCAAUCGAUCUACGAUAUGGUCCUUACAAUAACCGCAGAGAUUACAAACACAGGUCGUUGGACCGCAGCGGAAGUUGUUCAGCUCUAUGUGUCCUUCCCCACAGCAGAAAACCAGCCACCCAACGUGCUUAGAGGAUUCACGAAGCUGAAGAACAUGAAGCCUGAUGAAACUCGAACUGCAUCAUUCCCAAUUCGCCGUAAAGACGUAAUGGUAUGGGAUGUGGUUGUUCAGAAGUGGAGAUACCCGGCUGAGCAAACCGUUACUUUCAGAGUGGGGUCGAGCUCACGAAAAUUACCACUGUCGCUUACGCAUAGGUUCUGUCACUGA